UGUAUUUAUAAAUGUGUUAUAUUAUUGUAUAAUUGAGAUAAUUAUAAUUUAUCGAAAAUUAUAAAAAUGUGUUCUGAUCAUUAAACAACAAUGCUCAUGGAAUCAAAUUUUAACCAUAAAUUAAUAGAUAUAAAUCUAUCUACUGAAAAUAUCAAUAAUUAGUUUUUAUAUAAUAUAACAGAUAAUCGAUGGUCUUUGCCAAAUAAAGAGACUUUAUUAUCACUAACCAUAUCAUUGAUAUAUUCGUUAACGUGUCAUUGAGAGUUAUCAAAACAGCUAAAGCAAAUCUGCAAGAGUCAUUAUCAUAUAACAAGUAAAUAAACAUAAUUAUCAAUAUUCUCAUAGUUCCAAAUAUAUACAGUUCAUUUUCAAAUUCUGAUUUUAAAAAAUGUGAGUACGGCGGGGAAGAUUCAAAAAAGAUAAGUUCAAAACUUUGGAAGAAUCAAUAAAUAAUUGGUGUACUUAAAGAUAUUAUAAAUAUGGAGAAUACUUCACGUGAAGAACAAAACUUAUUAAGACCACCCUUAAUUGGAUGGUCAUCUCAAUCAAAUACUAAAAAAAUCAUUACUUGGAAUGAACAAAUGGUACCAAAUGCUGAGUUAUCUUCAAAAUCCUCUAAUGAACUAAAUUCUCAAUAUGAAUUUAAAGAUGAAAAAAAUGAUAACGGUAAAGUAAUUGAACCUGUUUGUCUCAUGACAGAGUUGAGUGAUCGAGACAUAAAAAUAAUUUCUCCAACUUCUAGUGUUGCAUCCCAAAAUAAACCUUUAGAAUGGGAUAGUUUAGCUGAUGUUGGUUAUCACAAUACUUUAGUUUCGACUAGAGAUAAACCUCAUGGCAUAUUUCAUUUAACUGAAUCGGAAUUACCGAUUAGGAAUUCAAAUACCAAGUUAUCACGAUUAGAUCCUGAAGGAACUACUACUACAAGUCCAAAUUCAUUUAUCCAAAAUUCGACACUAAAUGAUUCAUUAUUUAAGUUUGCUAAUCAAUCUUUAAAACCUAAUGCUCAUUCAACAAAAAUAUUUGAUGAUGGUUUAGAAUUAAAAAAAGAUCUAAAAGUAAUUUUAUCUAAUGCAACAAUUUCAGUCAAAAGUGACAAUGAUAAAAAUUUAUCUAGACCUUCUUUUGUAUGCAAUAAAACGAAUAAAUUGCAUAAUAAAUUAUGUACUAGAAAAAAAAAGCAUAAAUUAAUACCGAUUUCAAUUCUGUUUGAUGAAAAUCAAAGUGUCGUUGAUUCUGAAACAUUAAAAAAAUCAAAUAGCACACUGAAACGAAAUGCUUCAAUGCAUGAAUUAUUAAUGCCAUUGGCAUCUGUCUCUUUAAAGAAAAGUCAAAGUGAAUUAAAUUUGAGAGAAACAAUUAGUGAUAAUUGUAAAAGCUCACUGAUACCAUUAAACUUUUUAUCUUCUUCAUCAAUUACUACUAUUAUUAACAAACCAUCUGUGUGUGAUAAAAAUAUUCAAACGAAUUUAAAUGAAGUAAAUAAAAAAACACAAAAAUCAAAAGCAACUCAAGCAUCCUCUACUAUGGAUACAAAUCCAAUAAAAAUAAAAAAUAGUGAAUGUUUUAAAGAAUUUUCAAAUGAAGACAAUCAAGUAAAAAAUGUUGUAAAUAAAACAGCUAUAGCGAAAACAAAGGCCUCUCAGUCAUUAUUAGAUCAAGAAUCAAAUUAUGAAAAUUUAGAAGGUAAAAUUAACGGAGUUGAAAGUAAUGAAAGUUUACCUUCAGAAAGUCGAGAAGAAAUAGAUGGUGGUCGAGCCUCUAAUAGUUUUGAAUAUUUUCCAGGUUAUAUUUAUCAAAAUUUGCCUUAUGAAAAGAAUACCAGCCAUAGAUAUGUUAAUACAGAAAGAUCUCAUUCAACAAUACCUAAUACAAGUUCGAGUCUUGAUGAAAAACUUUGGGAAGAUUCCAAUAGUUUAUUACGUGAUCUAGAGAGGAGUUUGAAUAUCCUUAAAAGUCUCAUUAAUACAGAUAAAUAUGAUAAACAGGUUAAAAAAAGACUCAUUCAUCAUGUUAUAAAGAGGCUUGUAACAGCAAGAUAUAGUGAUGACAAAAUUGAGCAUAAUUUAGACGAAAAUGUACCAUGGAAUCCUGACAAUGCUAGAAAUAAAAUUUAUUGUACUGAAAUAAUACAAGCUUUAGCAAAAAAACAAAAUCAGGACAGCACUGAAGAAUCCUUUGAAAAUUGGAAACUUAAUAGACAAGAUUUUUUAUAUAAUAAAACAACCACCAAUCAGAGUACAAAUUUUUCGGAAGUGAUAAAUUUUGCUAGCAGUGAAGAUAGUGAUGCUUUUGAAGAAAGAACUACAGACAAAACAGAUGGUAUGCAAGACGGGAGAAAAGCACGAUUAGGAUUAAGAAGUAAUGAUAAAUACAAUCACCCCCGGCAUUAUCAUAAGUAUAAAAUAGAAGAUCACACAAUCGUAGAUACUGAUAAAAGUAUUAGUUCUGAAUGUUUUCUUCCCCAAUCACAAAAUAUACAGUUUAAAGAAAAAAAUCUUAAUAAAACAUUAUAUUCUAAAGUAACAAGAAAAGGACUAGUAUCUCCAAAAUUAUCAACGAAAACUAAUACAUUUUUAACCCCAAGUUUUAUAACUGUACCUUCUGCUACAAAUAACAUUAGUAGUUCAAAUACUGUCACAACAGCUACUUCUACUUCUACUACUGUUACUAUUAUUACUUCUGCUGAUACAACUCCUUAUACUCCAACUUCUACUACUUCACAAUCAUCAAAUAAUAAGAAUAAAAUUCAAAGUGCUACCGGCCAUAACAAUGUUGAUUGGAGAUUACCAGCUACUAUUUCUGAAAGACGUUUUAAAUAUGAAAAAAAAGCUCAAUUUGGAACGAUAUCACAACUUAUUAAUUAUGUUGAAAUAGAAAAGAAAAAUCAGCUCUUAUGGAUUAAUAAUGAAAUUAAUCAUCUUUUAAAUUUAAAAAAAUUACUCGAAGAACCAACUAACGUACAAAAACAUGAAACUAAAAAAGAAAAACAUUGUAGUGCUGUUUCAAAAGAUGAAAUAUUUAAAGGUCAAUGGUCUUCUCAUGGAAACCUUGCAAAAGUAAAUAUGACAAAAAAUACAUCACCAAAAAAGACAAAAAAUAAUUAUACUCAGACAGUUGUACAUGAUGAUGAUGUACCAUUUUUCGAUGAUAAAAAUUUGAAUAUAGUUGAUGAAUUUAAUACACAUUCUCAAACAAAUCAAUCGGAUUCCCAGCAGAGUAUAUUUUUUAAAACAUCAAAUCAACCUAAAAAAAAAAGAAAUAGAAAUUAUCAAUCGCAUGUUUUGUAUUUUCCUUUUCAAGAUAUUGGUACACAAACCGUUGAGAAUAAUCUUCUUAUAAAUGAAGAUAUGAAUGAUCAAAUACCAAUUAUAACUCAAGUUCCUAUAAAUUCGAAAAAAGAAACCAAAAAUAUAUUAAAUGAUAAAUGUAAAUCUGAAUCACCGAUUACCGCUGAUGAAGAUCAAGAAAUAUUUCAUGAUUCAAAAAACCAUUGUUAUGGCUGUUUAUGUCAUCAAAUUAAGAAAAAACCUUUUAAAUUUAAUCGAAAUGAAGAUAAAGUAACAAUAUCAAAUAUGCCUAAAAUAUUAUGUAACUGUGAUAUUCAGAAUGAAAAAUUUAUAAAUAAGAGUAAACAUAAUCAAAUUGAAGAUAAUAUAACAGGGAGAAAAUCAGAAAUAAUUGGAAAAAAGAAAAGUGGAAAUAAAUUUCAAACUUGUCAGAGUGGUGCACGAUGUCAAAAAUGUGGAAUAAUAUAUACUGAUACUAGCAAUCAAAAAUGUCAAUGUACUUAUUCAUACAGGAAAUCUAUUGCUUACGAAUUAUGCUUUGAAUCUAAAAAUGAAAAUAAACGUAAUUAUGAAUCAAUAAAAUUAAAGGAUUAUUUGAACAAAAAUAAACCAAAUUUUGUAGACAAUGUUGAAAUGAGAAAACGAUGCAUGAUGGAAAUAUCUCAUUUGCGACAAAUGAAGAGAGAAAAAAUUAUGCAACUGUUAGCAUUAGCUUCACCAUCAAAUCUAUUAACUGAAUCAAAAAUAUUAAAACGCUCAGAGAAACUGAAUAAGAAAACAAAUAAAGAUGAAACAACAACGAGAUUCAGAUCAAGAUAUUUACUAUCAAACGAAAAAAGGAAUAAACGUAAACAACAAGAAAAAUCAGAUCAAUUGCGACAUAAUUAUUUAAUGGCAAAAAUAUUCUGUAAAAAACUACAACAAAAAGUUUUGCAAGGACAAGUGACCUUAUCACAAAGCAUUAGUAUCAUAUCUAAUUUAUAGAAAUAUUCAUGUAUAUUACUAUUAAAAGUUCAUUAUUUAACAAUAAUUUAAUAAGAAAAAUAUUGCUAUCCGUGUUUACUAUAUAUGUUAAUUUUUAACACUUUCUUAUCGUUUGUAAUAAUCACAUAAUUUCAUGUGAAUGAAUGUGUAUUGUAUCAGUGUCACAUAAAGUAUUUAAACAAAUAUCUCAGAAUUUUUUAAAAUAUUCAAUUAAAUAUAAUGGUAUGAUAUAUGAAAGGGUACUCAUGUGUGCAUAUGUACGUAUGUAUGCAUGUAUGUCCGGAUUCAAUUUUCGUCUCGUGUUUCUUGAUAAAAAAAAAAUAAUAUGUAACUAAGACCUGAUUAGAUUUUAAGCCAAAUCGGUCGAAUCGUUUUGCGUAUCAUAUGAAAAAACUGAAAUGAAAAAUAGCCGAUUUUCACAUUUCAUCAACAAUGCUAUUCUUCAUUAUUUACAUAUUUAGGUUUAAAUUGAUUGGGAUUGCAAUGGACGAAGCUCAUUGAAAUAAUAAUUUGUACAUA